CCCUGCUGCACUUGACCAAGACACUAAGCAGCACCCCAAAUUUUUUUCUGGCAGAGCAUUGCAUGUGGUUAUGAAAUGGGCAUACCACCUUUUUGUGUUUCGGGGCAUCCGGAAUCGUAACCUUAAGAAUGAACCAUCAGUCUAUCUCAUAUAUUACACUAAAAUGGCAAAGCAAUUUUAUUUCUUUAAAAAAGCAGGGCAGAAUAGGCUGGAAGAUAAUACAUUCUGGACAUUGUGGGAACUUUUAGAGUCCUGGACUCAAAAUGAUUGGAUAGCAAUCUUUUUCAUAAUUUUCCUAGGGAUUAUUUUUGAGAUCAUACUCAUAAAGAUUUGUUCAUCCUUUAAUAAGAAGCCUACACUUCCAGAAAAGGGUAGUUCAAGUGCCCAGAAGAAGGAAGACAGUUGCCUGAAAAGCACGAGAUUUGAUAACUGUCCAACUCCUUCAUCUUCUGAGGAAAGAAUUAAAGACUCUUCAGAAAGAACAAUUACUUCAUCACUUACCUCUGAAGAAAAUGAAGGUGACUUUGAAGACAGAGUUUCAACAGUAGAUGAAGUAAUAUGGUCAAGUACCAGUGAAAGUAAAUAUCAAGUAAGUCACUUUAGUGAAAGUCAUAUGAUAUCUUCAAAUGGGACUAGUUCAUCUUUGUCACUGUUUCAUUCAGAAGUAAAGAAAUUUUUUCCAAGCCAUGGAGGGUAUCCAGAAAAUGAACAUGAAACAAUACAAUUUUCAUCCAAGAAAUUAUUUUCAAUAAUGAAAACCAACAAAAAUAAAAAUUUAGUAUUUUCUUCUGACUUUAACUUUUCAAGAAGUUCUAGAAUCACUGUAGGAAGUGAAGAUAUCGAUGUGGCACCAUGCCCUUCUGCCCACUUAUUUCUUUCUAGGGACCAAGUCAGACUUCUGGAAGAAAAUGUGAGAAAUCAAAUUGCUUUAAAAUCCAAAACUACAUUAGAGAAUAAAAUUACUUAUCUGUACUCAAGACUUCAAGAGUCCUUGAUCCAGAAUCAACGUUCUGUUAGAAUGGGUAUUUCUGCCCAACCACAAGAUUCUUUUGCAGGACAGAAUCCUCCUCAGAAUCAAGAUUUUUAUGAAACCAGAUUUACUAGUCAAGCCCAACAAUUUGUUAACAACCAAGAAUCAACUAAUAGCCAGCCUGAUAUCAUGGCCAGAUACUUUGCGCUACCUCAGGAUUUGAUAAGGAAGUCAUUUUCCAGCAGCAUGCAAGACUCCUCCCAGACCCAAGAUAUGGACAGAAACCAACAUUUGGUCGAUGUCUCAUAUUCUGUUGAGACUCAAGAUUCAAUCAAGGGCCUAGAGUCUGAUAAAAACUUCAGUGAGGCCCAGUAUUCUGUUUGGCUUAAAGAUUCAAAUAAGAUUAAAUAUUUAAUUAAGGGGCAAAAUGCUAUUUUUAAGAAUGCCAGAUUUCUAGUUUUAACUCUAAGUCCAGAUUCACUUGCAGAAGGGGUGCUGCAAAUGGAGAGUGUAAAGCCAGGGGGACAGAAACAAAUUGCUUCAUCAGAAUUAAGUCAGUAUUCUGUAUAUGGCUCAGGGCCUCUUUCACCUAUCCUUAAAAGGCAGAAAAACAGGAGAAAAGCAUUACACAGUACGAGUAAACUUAGUCUCAAAGUUCCAUCUCGAAAGUCAAAGAAAACACCAACUCCAUGGGUAUUUCAAAUGACAGUAUGUCACACUUCAAAACCUAGCAAGUUAGGAUGCACGUAUAAUGCUAAGGAGAAAGAAUUACAUCAAAGGAAAGGUAUAUCAGAUACGGCUUUGCAUCUUACGUAUGUUUCCAAGCUUAUUCCUCCCUAUGUUAAGAAGUAUUCCAGAAAAAAACUAGUGAGAGUCAUGCCAGGUGUAACGGGAUGUAGACAUUCUCUGUCAGCAGAUGCAGAGAAUGUUGAUUACCUGGGGUCUCUUGAGAAAAGAGGAACCUCGGGCAGUACUAAAAAUAUAAAGGAGCAUGACGGAGAAAAUAAAGGACAAAAAACCAUUUUACCAAAAAUCCCACUUCAGCUAGAACAGUCUUUCAUGGUCAAUACUUUUCAACUAAAAUCACCUUGUUCUUCCUCGAUAGAUAUGACCUGGAAGAAUAAAGAGCCUCUUAGAGACCCAAUUAUACAAGCAAAGGAAAUCGGUAUUGCAGAGUUUCAUGCCCCCAAUAGUAAAAAAACAUCUGACCUGCAUAUUCCCAAGCAGGAGGCCCCUUUAAAAGAAGCUUUAUCAGAACCUUGGCAAAAAUGUGUCUCCUCUACGGAAGUGGAAUCAAACAGGAGAAUGAAAACACAGGAAGACCUAAAAAAUACAGAGAAUUCCCAUCUUCCACUUUCAAGUGGAGAGAAGUUACCAACUAGUUCGCCAGAAACGAAAAGGGACUUUCCACAUGGAAACAUACAAAAGCAAAAAGAUCUUCUAGAAAUUGCUCUGGAGACCUCAGAGGUUCAUCUACUUAUUUCACUAGGAAUCAAAGAGCAUAAGGCCAGUGAACAAUUAACAAGCGUAAAAACUCAAGAGAGUACAGAAGAUGUAAUUAUGAAGGAAAAGAAACCACUACUAACAUUUCGUAUUACAGAAUGUGAUAACCUGAGUGAAAGUGAGGGACUGGAACAUGACACGAGAGGCAACAUAAAAAACAUGCAAGGCAAAAGGAUCUUUGCUACACUUCACAAUGCCACUGACACUAUCAUUUCUGAACCACCUGAUGUGGAAGUGCAUAGCAGAUUAAAAGCCAAGAUAGAUACAUCAACAACAGGGGUUAGUCAUUCAAUGGCAACGAAGAAAUUACCAGACGAAAAGAAAACAUGGGAAGCAAAGUACAUUGAGAAGAAAUGUGUAUCUAACAAGCCACAAGAACAUGACAGAGAAGAAGAACAACAAACUUGUCAAGAAGCAUUUCCACAGCUGACUCAAGAUUCCGGCCUCAGCCUGCGACUGAAGCAGAAGCUGAAAUACGUCAGAUUUAAAAUAAAACAGAGCAGUUCAGAAAGUAGAGAAACUCAAAAUGAAGAGCAAGAGGUGCAACCACAAACUCUUCCUACAGGAACAAUUCUGGGGACUAGUCCAUGCCCCACGACGGGUCCAUUUCGAGUUGAGGUUAAGCAAAGCAGACACAGACCUACGGGCAGAGGAACUGCAGAGCCAGAGAAUCCUCUUCCGGGGCUGGAGAACUCACGAGCUGGCGAAGUUUUGACUGAAACAACAGAAUGUGGUGUCCCCUUUGGUGGAAGCCCCAGAAGGAUAACAGAGGAUCAUAUUACAGAAGAAAAGGCAGACCUCCAACAAGUUUUACCUGCAGCUGCUCUGAGGUCCUUCAUUAUCCAGAUGCUUCCUUUAUCAUAUUUAAAAAGACAGCAAAUCAGAAAAAAAUUGUCGGGUGCAAAAGGGGUACUCCGUCCCAAAUCUAUAAUUAUGAAAGUAAAGAGGCCAACAAAUUUACUGAUGCCCAGUAUUAGUAGGCAUGGUACUGCAAGUCUUAGGAAAAGAUUGAGCGGCAGUUUUAAAUCCUUAAUUAAAGAGAUGCUGCAAGAUAAAAUUGUGGCAGAUGAGCUUGUGAGUGUUACUUACCCUCGCCAAAACAUGUCUGUUUUGCCUUGGAUUAGAACACAAAGCAGAUUAAAUGCAGAGAAUCUCAGUCAGACCAAGCUAAAACAAGAGAAAUCAGAAGAUGAAAGGAUAGAAAAGUAUUCAGAUUCUAUUAAUAAAGGCAGUGACUCUGGCAACACACUAGAAGUUAAAUUGCAAGACAAAGUGAGAGGAGACAAAGAAGCUCCACCAGAAGCAGUCCUUCAUGACAGCCGGGGCCUCCGAUCGGAUGCCAAUCCAGAGAAGGAAUUCAAAACAGAGGAAGAAAUACCUCCACCAGUUACAUCCUUGGAAACCCUUAUGGAGUCGGUUUACUCUCCCGUAAUAGACCUAGUUCAUGUUGAGAAUAUGAAGAAAAGCCUAACAACACAAGCUGACUUAAAAUGCAGUGCAGAUUCUGAGACACCUCUCCCAACAUCAGAGACACCUCUCCUAACAUCAGAAAAAUCACUGGCUGAAGACCCUUCAAACCAAACCAGAGAAAGUGAUGUUCUAGAUUAUGGAAGUGAUACAAGGGAAAUGGGUUACUUUUCUGCAGAAACAAAUUCUGCAGAAUUACCAAAAGAUUUAUCAACAACCUUUCCAGAGACUUUUAACUGCCACAUGCCUAAUGCAACUCAUUCCAAAAUCAAUAAAAACAAAGUAAGAUUCUCAUACACAGCAAGUUUGGUGAAGUCUAGACCUGUAGAUUCGAAGACUGUGAAGCCAUCAAUUUCACAAGUAUUUAAUAGCACAGGUCAGAGAAGGACACUGGACUCCAAAUGUAAGGCAAAGUUGGAGAAGAUCAACCAAGCUAAUGGACUGGUAUAUGAAUUUAUAAAUACCCUUUACUCUCCCAUGCAGAGCUUCUGUCCUGCUCAGUUAAAGCAAGGGGAAUUAGAGGAAGUGAGACCACGGUAUGUUGAUUUCUUUGACAAGAGCUAUGCGUUCCAUAACCAAGAGGAAAAAGUGGAAGGUGGAGAGGAAGUAGAGCCAAAAACUUUGCUAGAAGCAGCUUCACAGCAUACCCAGUAUCUCUGGCCCAAUGCCUCUCAAGGGAAGGAGACCCACCUUGAUGAACCAGACUCAGUGCUGGACUGUUUAACACAGGAGCUGCCUGUUCAUGAGCGAGAUGUGCAGCAGCAAGCAUGGUUUGCACAAACUGCACUGCCUACUGGCCCCCAGAUGGGUCCUAGAGAAGCUGAGGAACUCAAGAAAGUCAGCAAAACAGAAAAUGACAUAAUAGCCCCUAUGGGCCCAAAGAUUCCACCUCCCAAAGCAGAGAACUCAUCAUCUGAUAUACACUUCAACACCAUGACUAAGGGUGGCUUACCAUAUGGUGGAAACCCUGAGAGGGUACUAGAUUCUUAUUUUGUGGAAAACAAUUCAGAGGUACCAAAAGAUUUGCAAGCGACAUGCCUGACUUCUUUUGGUUCUAUUGAGCCCUUUGUUUCUAAAUCUGAAAGAAAGAAAAACACAUUAGAAUUAGGAAGGAAGCACAGAACAGCAAGUCACAGAUACAGAACUAUCAGGGGGAAAAAGCCAUCGGUUUUACAUACACUUAAAGGCACACAGAGCAAGGGACUGCAGUGCAAUUUUAAAACAAAGAUGAAAAAUCCACAACAAAAUAAAAACAGAGCAGAUGCAUUUCUCAGUGUCAUUCAGUCCAACAUGCCUAUUUUGUCCAACACCAAAAUGAGUAGCAGGUUGAAUGUAGAGACAGAUAUGCAGAGGAUAGCAAGACUUGAUUAUAUGCAGCCAAUGCAAGACAAAUUGCUAAAUGGAAGAAAAGUGUGUUGCCCAGAUUAUAUUGUGAGUACUUUAACUGACAGUGUGAGAGAUGAGAAAGAGGAGGAAGGGAAACAUGAAACUUUACCAGGUCCAGAGAAUAGCCGAGACUUUAUAUUCAGUGCAUAUCAGAGGAAUUGUGACCUUGUCAAAUCAGAUGAGGAACUGAAACAACCGCGAAGUAUAAAUUCUCAGGUACAACCACAAAAACAUGGUUCACAAACUAUUUUAGGUUCUGCUUCAUGCCCCAUAUUGGAUCAGUUUCGAUUUGAAAAGCUGGAGAGUUAUGCUAGGUUUUUACCUCCAGAGUCAGGGGGAGCAAAGAUGGAUGAAAUCAUUUUUUCUGCAAGAGAAUACGGUGUCCCGUCUGAAGCAAAUCAUCAAAAGGAAGACGCUGGUGGUAUUGAAAAGAAAGACACAGUGACUUUUGAUUUCCGCAUACCUGCUUUAUCUACAUUCAGAAGGAAGAAAAAUUUUAAAAAAUACUCAGGCACGAAAACUUUAGUGAAUCUCAAAUGCGGAAUUUUAAAAGCAAAGAAACCGUCAGUUUCAUACAUAUUCAGUAUGAAGGGUGGUGCCGGCCCAAACCAUAGAAAAGAAUUGGGAUAUAACUCUACAGCCAAAAUGGAAGAGAUGGAUCAAGGUGAAAAAGUGGCAGCUAAACUAUAUUCUUUCACGGAUAGUACACCUGAGGUUAAUAUGUAUAGCAAGACAGAAAGAGGAAAAGGUAUGUUAGGAGAGAGAAGUUUCAGUUCUAUACAAGUAAAGCAAGUCUUAUCACCACAGGAAGAGGAUAUUAUUUCAGAUGACACUAAAGAGAACAGUCUUCAAGAUGCAGAAGAAGAAAGUGAGCAGGAGCCAUUAGAAGUAAUUCUACAGCACAGCCAACACUUCAAAUUCCGUUCAGGCCACAAGGAAGAACUUGGUUUUCAUCAAUCAGAAAACCAAGGAAGUGGGAGAAUUCUGUUUGUUACUGAACAAGACAUCUCACAACAAAUGCUGCGUCCAGAUUCAGUGCAGGGACAGAAGCCGAAGAAAAGCUACCAGACACAAAGUGGUGCGACAUAUACAGUAAGUUCACAGCUUCCUUUUCUAAAGUCAAAGAAAUCACUAAUUGAUCAAGUUUUAAUGGAUCCUAAGUGUCCACUUAGGACAAGUGACCCAAGUGUUGGGAGUCAUAAGGGGGAAUUUUACAGUCAUGAUAAAGAGGAAAAUGCAGAGUUUAUAAAAGAUCUCCAAGCAAAUGUCCUGGAGUCUUUGGUCAUCUCCACACCUGGUCUAUCUGAAUCUAAACUGCAGAGAAAGACAUUUGCAUGUACAGCCUUAAAAAAUAAAAUUAGUCCCAGAUGUGUGAUUAUGAAGGCAAAGAAGACACCAGUUUCACCAAUAUUUAAUAUCUCAGGGAGUGGUUGUCUAAAAAACCUACGUCCAAAGACCCUGAAAUCACAGAUUAUUGACUUGCUAAUUCAUAUAAAAUGCUCUGGGAUCCUGGAAGAUCUUAUUGCAGAGAGAAGGAAAGGAUUAGCACAAGAAUUACCAGCAACACGUCUGGAGUCUUGGGAUUUAUCCACACUUGCUUUACCUGCAUUAAAAAGAAAGAGAAGCAAUUUAAAGUAUAUAGACAAGAGAAAUAAAAUGAGUCUUGAAUGGGUAACUUCAAAGGCAAAGAAGGCAGUGAUUUCCCAGACACUCACUAUCACAAAACGUGGCACACCCAGCCAUAGAAGGCAAUUCACAUGCAACUUCAAAAUCAUGAUGAAACAAGGGAAACCCACGGCCGACAUGAGCCUAAAAGCCACCUCCUCUCCUCUUCCUGUUUUACUUGACGUGAAAAUGCAUAACAGAAUGAAAGCAGAGUCUGAUGUGUCCUGGAAAAUGAGAUUCAGUCACAAACUGCAACAGCAAGAGGAAUCACCAGAUGGAGAGAGAGCCUGCUAUGCUGACUCCAGUGAUUGGAGCCGCCGCGCCUCCAAUGACACGACGGAGGUCAAAGACCCGUGUGAAGAGGCAGCCCCAUGGAGUUCUGAACACCCCAGCUUCAUUGCUGGUAAAAUGAAGGAGCUUUACGUUGUGAAGUCAGAACUAGAACUGAAGAACUCAGCAAAGAUAAAAAUCCCAGAACCACUUAACACAGCCCUGGAGCUGCAGCAACAAACAUUUCUCACACAAAGUGUAUUACAAUCUGUUUCUUGCUCUAUUUUGAAUUCCCUGCCCUUUGAGAAGCAACCGAAAAGAACAAAAACACAAAAAGGUUUACGAUAUGCAAAGAGUCCAAAGAUUUUAUCUCCAGUGCUAGAGAAAUCAAUUCCUAAAUCUUUAAUUGUUACAGCACAGAGUGACAUCCCAGCUGAAAGAGGCCCUAGAAAGGAACUUGCUAGAUCUCCAGAGGAAAAGAUAAGGUUGCGAAAGGAUUUACAAGGGAGAACCCGAAAGGGCUUCGAUUUCUCCCUGCCAGCGCCAACUGAAUUUGAAGGUGGGAGUAAUGCAGCACAAAUCCCCAAGUCUAGAAAUGGGAAGGCAAAAAUGGCAUCAAUUUUAAAGGCAAUCAACAUCGCUAGGUCUGGUGCUCUUAGUCAUGGAAAGGAACAGGACGUUACCUUGGAAAACACGGCCAAAGAAACACCUCAAAGUACGUCAGAUACAUUUUUGAAUACCUUCCCUUCACCGACACCCAUUUCACCUGCCAUCAAAACACGUAAAAAAGUAAAAAAGAGAGACCUAUUAAGAAAUAAAAGCAAUAUCAUACAGCCAGAACAACAUGAAGGGGAAAGACUCUGUCCCUAUUCUUCUAAUAAAUGGAGCAGCUCAAGCAGCACAUCAGAAUCAAGAUGGCAAAAUAGAAAAGAAAGAGAGGACGACCGAGUUUUAUUUGAAGCAGGUCUACAAUUCCUGUAUAAUACAGGAAGGAGAAAAGAUCAAAAUAUGCUUCUUACGGAGGAGGACGUGCAGCAACAAACACUGGUUUCAGAAAGUAAAUUGGAAGCUACUUGUUCUCCUCCGAUUCCAUUUCAAACUGAGGAGCUGAGCAAGACUCUCCCACCACAAGAAGACAUACCAAAUGGAACAGAGCAAAAGAUUCCAUUUCCAAAAUCAGGGAAAACAACGUUUGACUACUUAGUUGAUGAAACAGAGCGUAGUACUGUGUCUGACGGGAGCCCUGCAAGGAAGCUAGAUGUUCACGUUGCAGUUUCCCUACAACCUGAAGAAGAAGAAGAUGUUAUAAAAACUCCAAAAGUAAUGAUGCACAGAGUUGAUCAAAAUAUCUUACCUACCAAAUCAGGGAACACAGUACUUGGAGAUCCAGGUGAUAAAAGGUCUGGAAGGAAGAAAAGUGGUCCCAUUGCCAAGAAACAUAGAAUGCUGCAAAGAGAUUUACUAACAACAUCCACAGUAUCUCUUUCAUUUGACUCCGAAAGUCAGGAGAAGAUAUUAAAAUUUCCAAGAAGGAAAAAUCGUAGGGGUCCCAAAUGUGUAACCAUGAAGGCAAAGAAGCUUCUUUGUUCACAGAUGCUUAAUAUCACUGAGCAUGAUCAUCUCUACUGUAGAAAGGAACAGGACCACAACUUAAAAUCUAUAAUAAACGACAUGCAACAGAAUAAAAGCACAGCAAAUGCAUUUUUGUCUCCCAUGCCUGUUUCAACUGAUAACAAAAUAGAUAUUGAAAUGCAUAUCACAUCAAAAGCAGAGGCGGGUCAACCAAGAGUAAUACCAUACAGCUGUACUUCUGCAGAGCUAGGGAAAUCAGCAUGUGAUGGGGAAGUGUGGAAGGCCAACUCAACUGAUCCACAAAACAGAUCAAGCAACACAAUGAAAAUGAAUGUGCACCAUGAAAAGGAAGAGGAAAAUAUCCAAAAAAUAUUAUCGGAAUCAGUCCCACACUAUAAGCAACACUUCAGUUUCAAUGCCCAUCAUAUGAAAUAUCCUGGUUCUUACCAAUCAGAAUCUGAACUGAAUAAUUUAGAAGUCAGAAGCACUUGGAAUUUGUCUUGUGCAGCACAAAAAAUGAGGCCAGAAAAACGCUUUAGAGGAACUAUUUUGAAGCCCGUCUCUAGACACGUGAUGAAUUUUCAAGUUGAAAGAGUGAAAAAAAGUCUUCAUACUCAAGAAGGAAUUAAAUGUAUGGGAGGAAGAAAGACUCCAUUUCCGAAAGCAAGGAAAUCAGAGACUGGUUCAAUACAAUGUGGUGUUCUCUGGGAUGGAAAUCCUAGGAGAAAAUGCGAUAGUUGUAUUUUUGAGAAAAAGGCAAGGAAUCAAAAUGACUUCGUAAGAACAGUCUUAAAAUAUUCAGAUUUCCCCAGCUUUGAUUCAUGUGAACCUAAAAGCCAGAGCUACACAGAGUUUUCAGGCAAGAAAAGUAUAAUAAAUCCCAAGCAUGUAACUUUGAAGGCAAAGAAACAACCAGUUUCACAGUUGCUUAAUAUCACAGGAUGUUUUAUAGGAAGCCAUAGAAGAAUGAAGGGGUGCAAAUUUCAGUACAAGAUGAAAGUGAGGCAUUGGUUUGAAGGUGUGGGCGAGGCAUCACUCCUUGCUGCUGUGGAAACUAAGAUUCCACCACCCAAGUCAGUGACUGAUAAACACUCCUUCGAAGCAACAGCAAGGGGCACUCUGUAUAACAAAACACUUCACAGAAAUCUGCAUGGUCGUAUUACAGAGGAAAAGGUAGAGUUACAGGAAAAUUCAGCUACAACUUUCCUGGAGCCUAUAGAUUUCUUUUCGCCAAUUUUAUCUGACUCUGAAAGCCAGAUAAGCACAGUACAAUUAUUAGAAGAGAAAAUCACAUUGAACCCCAGACGUUUAACUCUGAAGGAAAAGGAGCCAGCAAUUUCACAAUUACUUAAAAUCAGAGGGCGGUUUACCACAAAACGCAGGAAAAAACUUGGAUCCAGUUUAAAAACCAAAAUGCAACAGAUACGUCAAGGUAAAAAUGUGGCUGAUACAUUUCCAACUACCAUGUACUUCACACCAGAUACCUCUGACAUUGAAAGACAAAAUAGAUUCAAAAUAGGGAUGGACAGAAUAUCAAGGUUUAGUCAUGUACAACCAACACAAAUGCAGUUGCCAGUUGAAGGGCUACUGAUUUCACAACCACUUAAUCCCACUGGUCAUGCUGCUUUAAGCAUUAAUGAACAACAGGAAAAGAAGAGAGACAGAAAGAGAGAGAAGACUGCAUUAAAUGUGGACCUAAAAUUUGUAUAUGAGUCUAUGCCUAUUUUAUCACACAUCACAAUGGAGCAGUCACCUAGUACCUGGGGUAUCUAUGAAGACUCUUCUGAAAAGAGACAUACCCUAAGCAAAGCAGGUGCUAGUUCUGCUUAUGCCUACGCACCUAUGCAUCCUAAAAUCAUAAAACAUAAAGCUAAGGCAAAAACAGCAGAUGUGAAAAACACUGUGCAUACCAAACGGAUGAGACUGAAGGCAAAGAAGCCACCUGUCUCCCAGCUGUUUCAUACUAUAGGUUGUGGAACCAGAAGAAACAAAAAGGAACCGAGACAUGAAAUGAAGAAACAGAAGGAGUUCCAGCAAGAUAAAACCAUAGCAGAUUUAUUUCUGAACACUGUUUGUGAUUCUGGAUCUCUUUCAUCUCAAAUUAAACAAUUUACAGAAGGAGAACGGGAGAAAGACAGGCCAAGUAAGCCGAUUUACCUUCUUCCACAGGUAGAGCUGGUGAAGUCACUAGACAAAAGAAAAAUGUCAUCUUCAGAGUCCACUGAUAUAAAGAGUACUAUAUCAAGAAAUAUCAAAACACUGAAACAGUGUAUUAGAGAGCAAAAAGAAAAGGGCCGAAUCGUUUUACUAGACAUUCUCCCACAAUGUAGAGAUCAGUUAGUGAUUAGCCAAGAAGUGAAGAAGGAGCUUGACCAUGUGAAAAUAGGAGUAGCUUUGAACAGAGAAGUCCACCGUGGUCUAGCUUCCCAGAAGAGGGAAAUCAGUUACACUGGGUUAGACAUCCCAAGAAUCAGAACACAUACAGAAUAUGAAUUCCUUGUUGCACGAAGAGCAAAGCACAAAGAUGCAGACGUAGUCGAACAUUCAGUUUCAGUUCCAGGGGGGAGAAGAGUAUCCAAGAAAACCAAUGUUUCAGUAAAUUCAAAAGGACAGAAUAUAUUUCUUAAAGAGUUGGAUGCUUCUCAACAGAUGACUCGCAAGGAGAAAGAAUUCCGGAAACAAGGAAGUAUUUCACAGACAAUUUGGGGAUCUUUUGCCUUCUCCAUUAUGGAACCUUCUCAUCUGAAAAACACAGGAAAGGUAGCUGAGGAAGAUACGUCCACUAACAAAAGGACUAUUUCACAUCUAUUGAGAAGAGAAGACAUAAAAGAAACUGAUAUCUCACGAGCUUCAAAAGGACAGCAGUUUCUUUGCACCAAUCUGCAGGUCCGGCAAACUAUGUCUGCAGUGCAGAAAGGAGAGGGGAAACCAGAUGGCAUUCCUGUAAGUAUUAUGGAUUCUGUGUCGCAUCCAAAUAGAGAGCGUCUUCAGGUAACACAGGCAAUAAAUACAAAGAAAGAAGACAUAAGCACUCCUAUAAGUUUACAUGUACAUCCAUGGAGAAAAGAGCAAUCAAAGUUAAUGGAUAUUCCAUUAAGAUUAAAUGGAUGGAAAAUGACUUUUUCUGAAAAACUGAGGGCGAAGCAAUUCCAUAGUUCUAACCAGAAUAAAGAAAAUAUUCUGGAAUCCAUUUCUUCUUGCAUAUUGGAUCAACUCUAUAAUGGAAAGCGAAAGAAAAAAGUCUCAGCAAAAGGAAUGAGUUCAAAAGUUUUGAGUUCAGUGGUAGACAAAGCACUGAAUGAAGUAGAUACUCCAGUAGAUCAACCUUAUAUUAACUUGCAUAACAGAAGAAGAAAGGAACAUCAAAAAGAGAGUACAUGCGAGGUUCUCCAAACAUCAGUUUCUCAUUCCUCGAUGGAUGUACUUCAGAUUAAGUUGCCAUGUGUAAAAAAAACAUUGAAGGCUCCAACAUACCACACUGCAAAUACAGAAGGGAUUGGCUUGCAUGUGGAGGGAAAUGAAGAGCAUCCAGAAUGUAUACAUCAUACUUCUCCAAAGUCUGCAUCUCACUCUUCGAGGGAUGUAUUUCAGAGUAAGACACCAUCUGAAAAGAAGGCAUCAGAAGAAGUAGUUAGCACUAUGGAAUACAUUCCAAGUACAGAAAAAAUUAGCUCACUCUUUACAGGAAAAGAGACCAAGGUGCAGACAGAUAAAUGUAAAUCAGCUAUAAAACUGUCAAGCUUGUGUACUUCCUUACUGUCUCUAUCACAUACUAAUGUGGAUUCGAGAAUAAAAGUAGGGCAAGAGAAGUCAGGAAUACCAAGGAGCUGCCUUCCACCACUAAAGCACCAGGUAUCACCAAAUGUCAGGAAAACUUCAUUUGCAGAGUCUGUUAAUAGAGGUAGCUUAAGCAAUGUAAGAGAAUCAGAACAUUUGCCACAGGGAGAAAAGGAAGAUAGAAAAACUGUAGUAUAUGUGAAAGACAUAAUGGGUGUCAAAUGUGUCGCUUUUAAAGGAAAGAAAACACCUUUUAAACACACACUGCAUGGAAAAGAACCACAGUGGAACAAAGAACAAGAGGAAACGAUGCAGAAAGAUAAAAGCGAUCUAGAGAUAGUUCAGAGCAAACGCCAUGUUUCCAUUCCUCCUCCACCUCGUGUGGAAUGGGAUCCUGAGAUAGGACAGGUGCUCUUGCGAGGGAUCGCAAGAUUUUGUCUUCCGUCACUGCCGCUCCAGAAAUUAUCAGAUGCAAUGGGAAUAUGUGAGGAACCGGCUGAUGAUAUUUUAAGCAGUAUAAGAAAGGCAAAAUAUGUGCCACAGAAAGAUAGAGGGGAAAUGGCCUUGGAAGCAAUCAGGCAUCCCAAAAGAAUAGUUUUGAAGGCAAAACAGAGUUCAGUUACACAGGAAUUACAGUUGGACAUCAAAGAAAAAGUGAAAGAGAUGGAGAAAGAUAAACAAGUUGGGAUUUGGAGCAAAUCUUGUGUUUCCAUCGCUAUUCCUCCUGACUCAGAAGUGGACACAAGAUUGCUAAUAAAAGCAAGAUCUUCUUUCCUACAAACAGAACUCAAGGAGUCCUCAGAUACAGGAAAAAAAGCAUACAAACAGGCUAUUUAUGGUGAUACCUCAAACAGUGUAAAAGAAGCCAAGGAACAUGAUAUAAUGGAGGAAGAAGAGGAGGGAGUAAAAAUGAUUAAAGUCAUACUUUGGAGGAAAAAGAAAUCAAUUUUACAGGAAAUCCAGCUGGACAUCAAAGAGCAAGAAGAGAAGAGACAAAAAAUUAAAAGUGAGCCAACUGUCCUUGUGACCAAUACUAGCACUUGCGUACCUGCUCCUUCUCAUUUACAAGUGGAUACAAAGAUAAAAAAAGCAGACUAUGUAACUGAAGUAACAAGAUACUCUCUUCCAGCACUGUCACAGCAGAAAUCAUCAGAUGCAGUGAAAAAAGCAAAUGAAAAGUCCACUGAUGGUGAUCUCACAAGUGAUGUACAAGAAGCAAAAGAACAUACACCACAGAAAGAAGAGACUAAGGCAGAGAAAUCAGCCAAGAGAGACAUGAUGCACCCAAAAGGUGAAGAUGUAGAAAGAAAGAAAGCACUAGUACAGGACAUACCGUUGAAUCUUAAAGAGCCCGUGAAAGAGGAUCCAGAAAGCGAAGAGCAGGGGAAAGUGGAUGGAGGAGGUAAAUGUGAACAAGAAGUAGUUCUGCCCACAAGCUGGGCUUCUGAAUCUUCUCUAACUCACCAUGAAUUGAACACAGGAAUAGAAGGAGAAGAAGACAGGCAAGGGAUAACAAGAUCUGCUGUUUCAGAGCUCCAGCUACAGAAGUCAUCUGAUGCAGGGAAAAGAGUGUAUGCAGAGGCAGCUGGAGAUGACAUUUCUAAUGAUGUCAGAGUAGUACCAGAGUAUGAGCCACAGGAAGUAGAAGAUAGAAGAAAAAUAGUAAAUAUAAAAUACAUAAUGUAUCCCAAAGGCACAACUUCCAAGGCAAAGGUAUUACCACUUCCACAUGUACUCAACACCUCUGGGGGUUGUGACCGCCGAAUUACAGAAGUACAGACAAGCGUGAAAGAAAAAUCAAGAUACAUACAAGAAAGAAGUGAGCUAGAUAAGGUUCUGACAAGACCUUCUCCGCCUCAGUUUAAAUUAAACAAAGGUAUAGAAGGCAAGGAAGAGAAACGAGUAACAAGACCCUUUCUCCCACCCUCAUGGCAAAGGGAAUCAUCAAAUGCAGAGAAAUUGAAAUAUACAGUACUACCUUUGAAUGCUAUUUCAAACGAUUCGAAAAGAACAAAAUACAUGACACAGAGAGAAGAGGAUGAAAAGAAUACUUUUGAGAAAGACAUAAUGCAUUCCAAGUAUAUAGCUUUGAGGGCAAAAAAAUCACCCCUUUCCCUUAUACUCAAAACAAAGAAAUUGCAAGUGAACAUCAAAGAACAAGUGAAAGUGGGACAAGAAGAUAACAAGGAAACCGUUGUGCUUCUGAGCAAAAUUCAUCCUUUUCUCACUUCCUCAACUCAUCUUAAGUGGGACACAAAAGAGGGGGAACAUGAGCCAGAAGUAAUAAGAAAUGAUGCGCCACAUCUUGAGCUCCAAGAAUUGUCGUCCCCAGGGCAAAUAGCAUCUACAGAGUCCCCUGGUAUCCAUGUGAAGAAGGGAGCACAAUGCCCACAACAGGCAGAAAGGGACAGAGUACAAACAGAAGCCAUGAAUGACUCAAUGCAGCCUCAGGGCUCAGAUUUUAAGACAAAGACAUCACCACCUCCUCAUGAAUUCAGUGUCACUGAGCACAGUGCUUCCAACGAGAGAGGGGAGCCUCAGUGUAUAAAGGAGAAAGUAGAAGAGGAGCAGCAAAGAAUGGGAGAUCCCAACGUGGCUCUGACAAAAACUCCUCCUUCCACACCUUCUCCAUCUUACCACAGCUUGGACACAAGAACCAAAGUAGACAAAGACUUGCUUGCAAUUACAGGAUUCUCUCCUCCACAACUGCUGUGCCCCAAGUCAUGUGCAGGAAAAACCAGAUAUGCAGAUUCCAGUGAAAGCACUAGAUCAUGUAAUAUAGUAAUAAAAGCUUAUCAACAUGUGCCAAAAACAGACGUAAAGGACAGAGUAAAAAUAAAAGGUGGGAAAGGUAGAAGAUUCCCCCAAAUAAUUACCUUGACAGCAGAGAGAACCCCAUUUCCACAUCUACCCAGUAGAAAGAGGCUACCUUUGAACAUUAAAGAGCAAGGAAAAGAAGUACCAGAAGACAAAAGUGAACCAGAAAUGGUUCUGAAGGAAACCUAUGCCUCCUUACCUUCUCCAUCUUAUCUGAAAUGGGACACAAGGAUGAAUGAAAAGGAAGACACAUUAAGAAUAACACAAUCCUGUUUUCUACCACCAAAGAUUCAAGAUCCAUUCAGUUCAGGCAAAAAGCCAUAUAUUAAGUCAUUUGAUGUUUGUGGGUUAAAAGAGAAGGACAGACUCAAAACAGAUACUGAAAACAAAGUGGUCCCAACACCUAUGGCUAUGAGGGUAAAGGAAUUACCACUUUCACCUGUACCUGAUACCAAAAAAUUGCAGUGGAAAUUUAAAAAGCAAGAGAGAAAGGUGCAGAAAGAUGAAAAGGACCUAGCUACACAUCUGGAGAACAUUUGUACUUCUUUACUUACUCUACCGUACCUUAAAUUUGGUUCAAGAGGAGGAGAGGGGUACAUGAUGAGAAUUACAAAACUGCCUCUCCCACACCUACCGUCCAGGGAAUCACAAGAUGCAGUGAAAACAGCAUAUGCAGAAACAACUGAUGGAGAACUUUCAAAUGCUGUAGAAAAAUGGAAAGAAGACACAUUACAGAAAGAAGUGAGGGAUAGAGAGAAAAACGUGGAUAUGAACAGUAGAGUGGAUCCCAAUGAUAGGUAUUUAAAAGCAAAGAAAUCGCCUCAUUUACUUAGAUACAAUCUAAGUGACCUUCGACGGAAAGCCAAAAAGCAAGAGGGAAUGGCUCAGGAAGGUCGGUGUGAGCCAGGUGCGGCGAAGCUGACUAAGACUUGUACUUGCCGAGCUUCUCUCCUUCACUUCAGCACAAAUACCAGAGAUGAGGAAAGGAGAAUGCCGACAUUCACGACACGCUCUUUUUCCUCAGGCAGCUCCCAGGAAUCAUCAGAUUCUAAGGACAGGGAAUGCACAGAGCCCAUUACCAGUGAUAUUUUGAUCAGUCCACGAAAAGGAGAGCAUCAUAUGCCCCAGAGAAAGGAAAAGGAUGGAGCAGAUAGAGUAAACCUUGGGUUUCCCAAACAUCAAGAAAAGAAGAUGCAGGAAAGCGAAGAUGAACCAGGUGUGGUUGUGUCCGGCUCUUCCUCUUCAUUAUCAUCUCUCCCUCAUCUGCAGCUGGAUAAGGAAAUUCAGGUAGGUGAUGAAGUGCUGGGACCCGCAAGGUCUGUUGCGGAGAGAGAAUCAAAUACCAGGGAAGUAGUACAUACAGAAGCAAUCCAUGGUGACGGCAUUACAGACGGUCAAAACGAGAAACAACUUGUGCCUCGGGAAGAGGAGCAGGACAGAGAAAAAACAACAGAUAUGAGAAAUACGACACGGAUCACAGAUAUAAGUUUGAAGUCCAGGAAAUCACCUCCUUCACUUAUGCUCCACAGAACAGAAUUGCAUCUGAACAUUGGAGGGCAAGAACAAAAGAAACAUGAAUGUCCAGGUAAACCAGCCUGUACAGUGCUAAGAAAAAUUUAUGUUUCCAGACCUCCAGCUGAACUCACACUGGAUAAAGGUAUACAAGUAGAUGAAGGUAGGCUUAGAAUUCAAAGACCCUCUCUAAUUCCACAAAUGCUUUCAGCAGUAUCAGAUAGAAAGAGGAGAGCAGAUACAGGGGCAAUUUGUGCUGUGAAUGAAAGAGAAAACAAACAAAUGUCACAGAAAGAAAAUAAGCUUGAAGUGAAAACAGUAGAUAUGACGAUCAGGAUGCAUCACAAGGAGGCCCGGAUCUCGUCAAUUUCACACAUCUUUAACACAAAGGAAUUUGUGUUGAAUAUUAAAGAGCUAAAGGAAAAUGUGUACAAAGGUAAAGAUGAGCUACCUGUGGUUUUGACAAGGACCUUUUUUUCUGUUCCAUCAGCCCCUCCCCUUUCUCUAGACUCAGGGAGCAAAAUAGACAAAGAUGUGCCAGGAUUUACAGGAUCCUCUCAUGCACAGCGAGAUGUCCAGGAAUCUUCAGGUAUCCAGAAAACAGGAAUUACAGAGGUAGUUGCUGGUGAGGGUGAAAUUGUUAAAAAAGCAGAACACUCCGUACCCCAGGAAGAGGCAGUGCAACAGUGGGCCUCAAACUUUCUGAUCAGUGUACGGCGAAGGAAUGAUCCUCCACGAGUCAAAUCUGAAGGAGAUUUGAGUCAGUUAGUUUUAAAUUCACAGCAUGAGGAUGUUUAUUUGACAGGAUUUGGUACCAGAAGUGGGAAAAGGCUGGAGUAUUUCUUUACAGGGCAGGAGGUUCAGCCAGAAAAAUACAAAACAGAAACUUUCACUACAUUUCUUUCCUACCCAACCAGGGAGCCCACUAAAAUUGGAAAUCUGAAGAAACAAACUGAAAUACUGGAUAACUUAAACCACAAAAUGAGUCCUAAGGUUUUAGUUUCGCCACCAAGGAAAAUAUCCAAGGAAAUAUAUAUUACAUUAGGUGCCCCUGUAAGUGCAAAAGGAUUUUCUGUUUCAGAGCAAGUUGCCCACCAACAAAAAACUUUAUCAAAAGCAUCUCCAGGAUCUGCAGAUUCAUAUCAAUUGGAUAAGUCAGAGAAUGGUAUACACAAUCGUGAUAAACGGAGCAAAAUGCUCUCUCCCAGAGUCUCAGCCGCACAGACAAAAGGAUCACUUGAGAAGACGAGAAUCACAGAGACAGAUGCCUCCCCAGGUAUAGAGGGACAAGAGAUUGUUGUGAAAAAGCAAGUGGUGCUACGGUCAGAGAGUGGACAUAAGACCUGGCUGGACUCCAGCUUUUCUCUUAAGUUCCCAUUUCAAAGUGGAAGGCAGAAGGCACCAUUGGAAACAGAUGUAUGCAAGGAAACUACAGUGUACCCUAGAAUACAAAUACUACCAGGAAUACACGUGGAUAUCACAGUGUUUGAUACCAUAGGAGGGAAAAGAGAGCAGGGAUUGCCAGUUCCAGAACAAGAGGAAUGUAUUCUCGACUCACUCCAGGAGUCUCUUUCUUCCCACUGGACUUUUCCACUUCAGUCUGGACACCUGGAGGAAAAAAAUAAGACGGACACAAGCACUACUGUAAAUCUGGAGCAAAAAACAUCAGAAGUGGAAGAAGGGGGAUUAAAAAUAGACAGAAACAUAGCUAUCCGCCUGGCAGCGGACAAAACAGAAACGCAUAAACACACCACGGUCAAGCGGGAGGAGAACAAGAAAAGGGACACAAGCAAUACCGUAAACCUGAACAUUGCAUCUCCAAAGGCACAGAAAUCUCAAAUUAACACUCAGGUGAUAACUCGUAUAGCGAACAGCUGCCCAAUCAGGCAAAAACAUAAAAAGGAGCUAGAAGUCUCGGAUGCAAAACAAAAUAUUCAGCCACAGAAAUUGUUUCAAAAACAUGUUCUGGAUUCAUUUUAUGCCUAUAUUCCUCUUUCUCUCAAAGUUAAAGGCUGGAAAGGCAGAUUGACAGUAGCAGAUUUGAAAGGAGAAUUGAGCCCCAAAUAUUUAACCAUGAAAAUCCCAAAUCAUCCAAUUUCACAGAUUCUUAACAACACGGGACGUGGCACUCCAAGCAAGAGAAAGAAAUUAGAGUAUGACUUGAAGAAACCAAAGAAAAUAGUUUUGCAGAGUGAAGAUGCCUCGGGAAUAUUUAUCAGAAAUCUUUCUAUUUCCGCAAUGAGUUCAUCUCAGACAGAAGAAAUAGUAGACUCUGAAACAAAUCGAGGAAGAAAAAAGAUACUCUGUCUCUCUGAAUUCCAGCAGAAAUCACCAAACACUCAGGGGAACAGCUCGAGCACUGUAAAAGAAGGGGACCAGCAUUUUAUAAACACAGCUCCACAGGAUUCCCAGCCCUUUGUGGUGGAGGGGCAACGAAAGCAAAAACUCCCCAGUGUCAAAACAGAAGCAAAUCUCCGCAGCAAAACAAAAAAAAAGAUUUUCCUUCCACAAACAAAAGAAGAAAGGGUUGUUCCAGGGCAUGACAGUUCAAGGACCAUGAAAGAACCUGACUUGCUUAUGACUGAAGAUGAAGAAAAGGCACCCAAACCCAUUCUGACACCAACAGAGGGUCUACUCAUGUCUGACCAUCCGAAGGACAAUGUGGACACCCACAUGGAGAGUACUCUAAUUAUGAUUAUCUCCCCUCCAGGACUAGAAGUACCACAACAUGGGAUUCAGCCAUUCAAAACCAUGGAGAGUGGCUCACCCCCUCAACAGAGGGGUCAGAGCAAACCCAUCCAGGACGCAACCACACAAAAGGUCCAGCAACAAAAAACUUUUCCAGGAAUUGGGCCUAUACCAUCCCAAGUUAAAAGUAAUGAAAUAGAAGGAGUGGCACAUAGUACAAGUACAGAAAGUUUACUUCCUCUUUUUGAAGCAAUUAAGAGUGUCUUUGAAUCCCAGAUAAAAAUGAUCCAUGACAAAAUUUGUGAAGAUAUACUGGAAAAGGUAAAAGCCCCAAAACCUGAUGAUUGGAAGUCACCGCCACAUGAAGGGAGCCCAGAUACAACAUCCACAAGGACACCUCCCAAAAUGCAGCCAAAGCCCAUUUUAAAACGUUUUACUCCCAAAGAAAACAAUAAGCUCAUUAAUCAUUUUGAGUCAAAAUCAUUUGAAAUAAAACUGAAUCUGAUGCCAGAGAUGGCAAAACAAUCCUUCCAAAAGUUUAACUUUUAUCUAAAACAGUCUGUUUCAGAAGAUAACCGUUGGAGGCUAUACCCAAGACAUAAAAAAAUGUGCUUUGUGUCUCUAGAAGGGAUUGAUAGUAUAGAACUUAACUUAAAACAGAAAUACACCAAGGAUUCACUGCCUGUCAGGGGUAUGAAGACAUUGAUUGUCAGUGUUUCCAGGGACAGCAAAGAGAUCAUUACAAAGUUGAAGAGUAUUAGUAAGCUAGAAAGUAGAGCGUCUUCAGUGACUUCUGCUAAGCAGAUGCCAUUGCCUCAUAUUCUUCAGAACUACUCAGUAGAAGAAGAAGACAAACUGCGCAUACACUUUUCUAUGAAAACACUGGAGAUUCAAAUGAAAGCCUUUCCCAGAAUUGUAAGAGAAUCUUAUGCAAUGGCCAGGCCUCAGAAUAUAAGGAAACCUUUAUCUAAAUGUAUUCAUUCUGGUUUCAAAGUACCAAAACGAAAAAACAGAAUUUUGUUACUUUUUGAGGAAAAGUCUCUUCAUCAAAUAGAUCUUGAUUUACAAUACAAAUACCUUCGUUUUCUCCUGGGGCUUCCGGUCAGACAUAUAUUCCCCAAACCAGCUGCACUUCCCAAACAUACUCUUAAGUUAAACACGGUAGCAAUAUGUGAGAAUAUAGGUAACAGGGGAGAAAGUGAUGGUGGUCUCUGCAUUGAUAAAGAACUGUUAGAACAGCACAUCUCUUUCAAGAAGCAAAGUCCUCAUGAAAACUCAAAAUUGAGAAAAUUCCUGGAGCCACCCCUUGUGUGUGCUCCUGACCCCAAUCAACAAGGCACAGUGGCAAGAGAUACUACAGCUCUUUCAAAGUUAAAAUCCCACAGGACUCUGGAAAAAGAUAAACAAUGUCAUGUAUGGUUUCAAGAAACAGAUACAUCCAAAUCUUUUGAUUCGAAGACUCAGGAAAGCACUCCCAGUUUAGUUGAUUCCCGUUCAACUCAGAUUUCUGAAGAUUUUACCCAGAGUCAGACAAAUAUUGAGAGUUCAGCCAACUUGGAGGAAUGCUUAGCUCUUGAAGCACGUGAGAGUGAAGAAUGUAUGUUUUUAGGAGCCAACCCUUAUUUAAGUCAGGAUUCACGAGACAUUCUAUUUGAAUUACAGAAAGGCAUUCCUUUGGAAAAUCUGUACAAGAUGAAAAAAAGGAAAACUAAUUUGAAACCAUUGUACAGGGAAGAUUCGGGUUCCCAACAUGUAAGAGGCUGUAGAAAACACUCCUCAGUCGUCACACCUUCCUGCGAAUCCCACAAAAGCAGGAAAUAUAGGUUGUCCUCUAAAAUGCCAUCUCCUGACUGGUUGUGCCACGGUUCAUUAAAUGCUAUAGAAGUUCCGUCUAGAUCAUCUUCUCUUCCAUUCAGUGGAGAGAAGUCUUCAAGGACUACAAGGUGCAGAACCAACCAUUCUUUAGCUCCCUUAACAGAAUCAAAUAUCAAAUUACAUCUUGCAAAAGGCCAAGGCAAACCUCACAGGCAUAUGGAAAGCAAAGAAGGAAAGAAGGCCAAAAUUGAUUUAUUUAGAAAGAACAACAUUCAUUGGGACUGUGAUUACAGUUGUACACAGAAUAAAGAGAAACGCACGAGAAAGAAGAAAGUCCAUAAUUAUGAGUCAGAAAGACCAAAUUACUGCCCAAGCAAACCUAAGUUACCAUCAAAGCUUCCUCAAGAGGAUAUCAACUUUCAUUUCGAAAGAAGACAAACCCAGCCAUUUUUUUAUGCCUGUAUACCAGCAGACUCACUGGAGAUUGUGCCCCAAACCAUUCGCUGGACUAUUCCCCCAAGAACUUUACGGAAAACAAACUUCAGGGUUCCUCUGGUGGCAAAGCUUUCAAGUUCUUUCAAUAUAUGGACUUCACCCAAGAAGAUUUUGGAGUCCCUCCUGGAGUCCUUCAGUCCAGUUUGUCCAAAUUGAUAUUAGCACAUCUAGAGUCAUCUGAAGUGGAAAACUGGUUGCUAUUGUGUUAUUCUGUGAAAAAUAAAACCACAUAAAGUCAAA